AUGGCUCAGAGGAACUUCAGCCGGCAUUUCCGUGGUGGAGGCCCUGGGGGUGGCGAGUCGGCCACACCUAAGAAAUCAGUUGAUAAAGACCCGCCUCAGUCAACUUCUGUUUUCGACAAGACACGUGACCGUUCGCCUGCUGAUGAUACUACCCGCACGAUUGAUCUUCGUCAAUCGGUUGACCGAGAGCGUCACUCAGCCUCCCCUGUUACGACGGGACCGGGUGGUGACGAGGACCAUGAGGGGACUACGGUCCCCAGUCGGUCCGUAUCUUGUUCUACAAACGACGAUAGGGACGUCGUGCGGGACGACAGUGGACACAGAAGUCGUUCCCGUUCAAGUCGGGACGACAGGUCGAGUGCCUCGUCGAGAGACAGUACACGACACGAGGGCGUUCAUCGCCUUCGUGGUCGUCGAAUGUACGAUUCGGACGAUAACUACGAUGGGGAUCGUAGCCCUCGUCCCCACGGGGACGUGCGACGUUCUCGAAGGGAGUUUCGGGGAGUUCAGCGUCGUAGUGAAGAUAGUUACAGAACGACGACCUCGUCUCACUUUCAUAUCGACCCGGCUUUGAUAGCCCAGAUCACGGCGGCGGUCCUCGCCUCGACGGCGUCGACCAAGAAGGAUUUGACUGCGUCGGGGGUCCAUGGACCGUCAACCAGCCCUGGGGGUGGCGAGUCGGCCACACCUAAGAAAUCAGUUGAUAAAGACCCGCCUCAGUCAACUUCUGUUUUCGACAAGACACGUGACCGUUCGCCUGCUGAUGAUACUACCCGCACGAUUGAUCUUCGUCAAUCGGUUGACCGAGAGCGUCACUCAGCCUCCCCUGAUACGACGGGACCGGGUGGUGACGAGGACCAUGAGGGGACUACGGUCCCCAGUCGGUCCGUAUCUUGUUCUACAAACGACGAUAGGGACGUCGUGCGGGACGACAGUGGACACAGAAGUCGUUCCCGUUCAAGUCGGGACGACAGGUCGAGUGCCUCGUCGAGAGACAGUACACGACACGAGGGCGUUCAUCGCCUUCGUGGUCGUCGAAUGUACGAUUCGGACGAUAACUACGAUGGGGAUCGUAGCCCUCGUCCCCACGGGGACGUGCGACGUUCUCGAAGGGAGUUUCGGGGAGUUCAGCGUCGUAGUGAAGAUAGUUACAGAACGACGACCUCGUCUCACUUUCAUAUCGACCCGGCUUUGAUAGCCCAGAUCACGGCGGCGGUCCUCGCCUCGACGGCGUCGACCAAGAAGGAUUUGACUGCGUCGGGGGUCCAUGGACCGUCAACCAGUACACCAGCUCCUUCAUCUACGCCUCCACAAUCGACGUCGACGAUGGAUUGUGACUCGCCUAGUCCCGAUAUGUAUCGGGCCAGAUUACACGUAAUAGCCUGCAACCUCGGGGUAUCGCGGUAA